AUCCGAUGGGGAGCGCAGGGGUUCCAUAAUUCCACGGCGGGGCAUCGCUAGCCUCCCGGUUCGCAAACCGAUGCGGAGCCCUGCCGUCUUCUUCUGCAUUAUGGUGUCGGCUUUCUUGAGGCGCAGUUGAUGCUGUCGGUAGCGCGCCCAAAUUAUGGUUCGGUUGGUUCUUUUCCUUCGAUAAAAUUCGAAUUCUUUGAUGUAUUUAUCGGUUUAAUUGAUAUCAAGAUUGCUUAUUGAGGUACUUAAUUUUCAAUUCCCCCUCUUGUCACAGCAGAUUUGUGGGGGCAUUUGUAUUGAUCAGUGUUUGUGAAUGAUUUGGUCUCCUAAUGGCUUAAAUGGUUGGAUUAAUUAGGUAAAUUCCUGCUUUAGAAAUCAGUAGUAGUAGAAGUAGUUAUUGUCUAUUCGUGAAGUGUUCUGAUACGAUUUUAAUCUUAUCUGUUAGUAGCAGUAAUAGUUGUCUGUUCACGAGUACUGUUUUCUUAGUUGCCAAAGUUUUAUAGCGUAAAAAGAAGGCUUCCUCCAAGAAAAUUGCUGCUCAGAUGGAUUUCACAGAUCAAAUCUUUAUUAUGCAUCACAUAUGGUUGAUUGAUGAGUCAUAUAACAUACUCAGGACUGAUGAUAUUGUUUGAUGCAUUGUACGUCUUGAUUUGAGUUUAUUGGACAUGUUAGAAGAGGAAAACAAUCUGAUUCAUAAGAUUAGAAUUACAACAUGGACUCAUAGUUCCACCUUGCUGUCAUUGUUCUUUUAGAUUAAUUGAUGCCUAUCCAAAGCAUGAUCGAAACUGAUUAAUCAUUCUAGCUGGUUAAGUUAUGCAUCCGAUUGCAUGACCAAGGAUUGUCACCAAGUAAGCUCUACUGUCCCUUUAGCUUAUAUUUUUUUUGCUGUGAACCAAUUCACACUCCACUAUAUUAAGUGAGGAAUAUGGUGGUAAUAGAAUCUAGUUAGUAUCUUGAUCAAUAAUAUGACAUAUGCCAGCAUAUUUAACUUGCCCUUCAUUUUGCAGUCAGGUUAUCCCCUUGUCAUCUCUAAUUGCACAGUCUUGUACAUACAUUUGGUGCCUGCAUCUAAGCAAUCUGAUGCCAUAACAAAACUUUACGGGUUAGAAAUAACUGCCUUAUGUAAAAUCAGAAUGGUAGUGUUUAGUGUUAUUGCUUUCCCUCUAAGGAAUGUACAUGUAAUGACACCACAAACUUCUGUGCUCGGUAGCAUAGCUGGAGAUGAUGAAUUAUACUUGUCUGCAUAUCUUGGAAUUAUUGUCUUCUUUUUUGGGGGGAAAGAAUAAUAUCAUUAUGUUUUGUUCUUCAUUCUAUAAUUGCAUGCAUUAGACUAGUUUCAUGUGGAAAUUGACUCGAUCUUGACUGAUAAACAAAAUUUCACAUUCAAUGUUGCAAUUUGUGCCCUCGAAGCACCGGCAACCAUCUGGGGUGAUGGUUGGUGAGGUUGGGCACAUGCAUCUAUCUUAUGCUUCAUUCAGAAUGCCUUCUUGGAGAGUAUGAUCUGCAGCUCCACAAGUCAUUCAAUCCUACCUACUAAGAUACCACAAUGCUAUGCAUCUUUUAUUUUAACAGCUUAAUCUUCUGAUAUUUGAGGUUCCUCUGUGUUAUUUUUUGAAGUCACUGACAUCGGGUAUAUUUCUUCCAUGAAAAUGAUGCAUUUUAGGUGUGUUCUUGAACAUAGAUCUUUCCAUGUAUUGGUCCUUUUUGUUAUUUGUAUAAAAAUCACUCAUAUUUGUUGUUUGUUUUUUAAUCCUUAGUUUAGUGUGUACUAAUCCUUCCGUCUAUUCAUAUUUACUUGAAAUUACUUGUACAUCCAUCAUUUUAUAUUCAUGUGGGAGAAUGAUAUAAUUCCAAAUGGUUCUACAUUUUUAUCCACUUCCAGUUAUCUUUCAUUUAUGUAAUCAUUCAUCUCCUGAAACCUCAAUAAACCUCCAAAUGAAAGUUUUAAAGGCAACAAAAAUUUCUCUUUUGAAAUCACAUCCCAAAGGACAUAAAGCUUAAAAGAAAUGAUGUUAAUUAUUCUCAUAUAAAAAAAAACACAAAGUCAAGGACUGUAUGAUCUCCUGCAGUUUAUACAUCAGUCUAGAUUUGGAAACUUUGAAAGAUCAGCACUAGAUUUCUUGUAAAAUCUUAGGAAAUAAGGUCUGGAGGAAGAAUGAAGAAAUUUUGUCAAGGUUUCUAUGGAGUUCGUCGAUUCUUAGAUCUUAGUGAGAUUUGGCACCUGCUUAAGUAAGAAUUGCAUAGAGUCAAAUCAAGAAACUAUCAUUCUUUGUGAAAAUUGUGUCCAUUGACCCUUUUCAGGUUCUGUAUUUAUGGAUGCUCAUGCAUUAGACAGUCCUUUUCUAUCUUCUCAUAUUUUUGUGGGAAUUAUGGAGAGUGAAACUCCAAAUAUAAGAGCCAACUAAAGCUAAGCAGUCUCUUCACUGAGAGAGAUGUGAGAAAUUAGGGAAUUCAGACCUUUAGAGUCUUCCAGAGAGCCAUUGUAUCUGAUGUGCUACUCAACAUGCUUGUUCGCUGAUCUGUGGUGCGUGGUAGCCUCGACGCAAUGCUUACGCAUGUUCUUAUGAGCCAUUAGGUGAGAUCCCUCCUUUCACUACGUGGGGGAUGACGACAUUGGUGAUGAAAUGUUGAAGUAAGAUCGCGAUCGAGAGCUUCUCCUGUAGAAUGGAGGAGUUUGAGGCUUCGAAGUCCUUCAGGUUAGCAUAUCGGCAGCCGUCACUGUCACACCAGAGCAGAGGCAACACCGGUCAGAUUGUUGCAGUUGCCGGGCUGCUUUCAAUGGGGAUGGCUUGUAUGCAGGGAGAGGAAGGUGGCAGGCGCUUUAAAUGCAAGAUGUGUGGUGGAUGGGGGAGGGUAGUUCCGGAGCUUUUGACGAGGGAAUGGGGCGACGGCCGUGCUGCGACAAGCUCGGAGUGAAGAAGGGCCCGUGGUCGGCGGAGGAGGACAACAAGCUCAUCAACUUUAUCCUCGCCAACGGCCAUUGCUGCUGGCGCGCGGUCCCCAAGCUCGCGGGGCUGCUGCGGUGCGGCAAGAGCUGCCGGCUCCGGUGGACGAACUACCUGCGGCCGGACCUUAAGAGGGGGCUGCUCAGCGAGGCGGAGGAGCGGCUGGUCAUCGACUUCCAUGCCCGCUUGGGGAACAGGUGGUCUAAGAUCGCUGCAAUGUUACCGGGAAGAACAGACAACGAGAUCAAGAACCUGUGGAACACUCACAUCAAGAAGAAGCUUCUCAAGAUGGGCAUCGAUCCCGUCACUCAUCGUCCGCUCCAUCGGCAGGCGAGCCCCGAGGCCUCGCCGUCCACCGUGACCACGGACAAGUCCGACGACCAGUUACAGUCACAAGGAAACGAAGGCCAAAUACCGUCCUCGGACAACAGGAGCCCAGCGGAAGCAAGCUCCAUCGAUGGCGGCACGGACCCUUUGAUGAGCUGCCUGUGGGAAGACAGCGCGCCGGUGCUUUUGGAUGAACUGUGGCAGCUCUCGAGUGACGACGAUGGCAACAACUACGGCAGCGUCAUUGCCGGACGAAUGCCGUGGGAGGAAGAAGGAAGCUCCGAGUGGCUGCUGGACAUCCAGGACUUGGAGAAUUUGGAUGGAGAGAGAUCCAUUAGCGCACAAGGCUACCCGAGAAGGUAGACGACGAAGCACAACAAGUGUACUGUCACAACUGUGGAUUACCUAUCGAUCCCUAGUAAGCUUGGUUGGGGAAGCAAGGAUGGAUUCCUCGAUUCCUGCAAAGUAGAAGCUGGAUCUCCAUGAAGCCUUCCUUCACCCUAUGUUUCUUCUUUUCUUCCCUCUUUACGUGCAAGAAGAAUCAUGUACAUAAAAUCGUGACUCUUUUGUUAAUAAUUUGAUUAAUGAAUAAAUACAUAUGUGGCUAA